AUGAGUCUUUAUCUGAAUCGCCUCACAGUCAUCAUAAACUAUUUUAUGCUUUCUCUUUGUUUUGUGUUUUAUCUUAAAAAUAUUCAGUUUCCCAAAAGAAGACAUUUUCCUGCCAAGAGUCCACCAUGUCCAUGAGAUGGGGAAACACUAAUGGAUGGGACGAAUGAUGGAGAAAUUCUUAAAAUGACUCCAAUAGCUGCAGGAACAGUGUUUGGGACUUAAUACUUAUUUUUCUUACCGACAUUUGACGCAUGCCUGACAAUGAGGAAACCAGCCCUGUUUAUCUGCUCUUUUGGAAGCUGUCUGUGAGUCAUUCUGUUUCACGGUCCGUCCUGUCCCUCAGCCAGCCGGUCUACAGUCGGACAAUUCAUUCUCGGAAUCUGGAGAAGUUAUGCGUCUGGCGCACAUCUGGGCUAUAUGUUUUCGACUAGAUCCUGAAACAAUCCAGAGCUACAGACUAUGCCUCCUCUUUUGUGGGACGUUUAAAAAAAUGCGAAACCUAAGUCAGGGUGUCUCAGGCGAUACCCACAAACUCAAACAGGGAACUCCAUCGACGUAUUCAGGCUGAGCGCACACUCAUCCAGCAUCCGCGAUCAUGACUUCAGGUCUGCCCCCGUCUAAGGCUCUCUACAUCGGAAUGGAGGUGAUGAUCGCGGUGUCCUCCGUCAUUGGGAACGUGAUGGUGGUCUGGGCAGUGCGUAUUAACCGGUCUCUGAGAGACACCACGUUCUGUUUCAUCGUCUCCCUGGCCUUGGCUGACAUUGCGGUCGGGGCUCUUGUCAUCCCCCUCGCCAUAACAAUCAGCAUCGGACUCCAGACGCACUUCUACAGUUGUCUGCUGGGCGCCUGCACAGUGCUCGUCCUCACGCAAAGUUCAAUCCUCGCGCUGCUGGCCAUCGCCAUUGACCGAUAUCUAAGAGUGAAAAUCCCCAUGAGCUACAAGCGAGUGGUUACCCCUCGGCGAGCUGGCACUGCCGUAUUAUUGUGUUGGCUGGUGUCCAUCAUAGUGGGCCUCACGCCCAUGUUGGGUUGGAAUAACCUGCAGCGUCUCCGUGACAAUGGCUCCUUAAUCACUGAUGACCUGCUGGUGACCUGUGAGUUUGAGACAGUCAUCAGCAUGGACUACAUGGUCUACUUUAACUUCUUUGGCUGGGUGUUGCCCCCUCUGCUACUCAUGCUUGCGAUCUAUGUGGAGAUUUUCUACAUGAUCCACAAGCAGCUCAACAAAAAGGUGACAGCAAGCCACACUGAUCCCAGACGUUACUUUGGGAAGGAACUUAAAUUAGCCAAGUCUUUAGCCCUUGUUCUUUUCCUCUUUGCAAUCAGUUGGCUCCCUCUUCACAUCCUCAACUGCAUCACCCUCUUCUGUCCUGCCUGCAACAAGCCAAUGUUCCUAAUUUACAUUGCCAUCAUUCUCACUCAUGGCAACUCAGCUGUCAACCCCAUCAUUUACGCUUUCCGUAUCAAGAAAUUCCGCACAGCAUUCCGGAAAAUCUGGAAACAGUACGUGCUCUGUCAGGAUCCAGUUGGUCAUCUUCCCCAAAGAGGGAGCCAGAGAGGACAAAGUCAUGAGAGGAGAUUCAGGCAGAAUGAUGAUGACGAUGAUGAUGUGUGACCUUUAGCAGCUAACUUGAUUGCUGUGUACCUGACUAGUUCCAAUGCAGUGGUUUGUAAAUGGGAAAGGACUCUGGCAUUAUUUCUAUGCUUGAGGGAUGGAAGGUCGGAAUAUCAUUGAUGGCACAUAGGGACAAAAAAUAUAUAUAUAUUUUCUCCAUCCAAUGUGCACCAAGAAGAAAAGAUUACAAAUCAGCCUGGAAAUCAGCAAUCAGACUUACAUAUAGAAGAGACGGAUUUCACUCUGGCUGACAAAAUAACGGUGACAGUGUCUCAUGGGAAAAGGGGCUUUUUGUGACUUUCAACACCAACCUGUUGGACUUGAAACAGUAAAAUGUGUAUUUGUAGCACAUGUGGUAAAAUAGUAGUUUGGCUUUACUUGUUGAACUAAAUUAAACUUGGCCUUUUUGAUGUGAAUAAUCUCAAAUAUUUAUCCGUUUACAGUAUGUACUACAUUAUUGUGAUUCAUUCUGUGGCCUUAAGAACAGGAUAUGUAAUGAAGUAUAAUUGUGGCUAAAUGUAAUGUUGUAACAGUGGGAAUUUGGGCAAUCAGUAAGUUUGCACAGCCAGUUUGGUGCUUUGACAAAGUUUAGGAUAUGAGAUGCAUACUGCCUAAAAAAUGGAAAAAUAUAACAUCAGGAUUUUUAAUGAGCCCUUAGUUUAAUAACCGCAAAGUUAUUUAGCAAGUCAACAAGCCAAUGGCUUUUACAGAUGUGUGGUUCAUUGCCGCAUAUUGAAGGUUAUGCUUUUUAAAUAAUUGAGACUAUUUGACUGACAGAAAACUAAUAACAGCUAAAAGCUCUGAAUAAAACAGUGGAAGAACUACUUGAUACUUCUGAUUGAAUAUCCAAUAUUGUGGAGAGGGGUUGAAAAAACCCCACUGAUCCAGCAGUCAUAUAACUGUGGCCACAUCAGAGUGUUUAUAUGAACAGUUGUAUGUCUACUUAAUGUUGAACUUUCUCCAUCUACUAAACUGAUCUUAAAUUUCAUCCUGCUAAUGCUCCUCUUCUACACAAGUCAGUGGCUUUUUACAUUUUCAUGUUUAUUUGAAAAAAAAAAAGUAACAGUAAAAUAUCAUUACAUAUUCUCAGUCAUUGUUUUACAGGGUGGACUUAAACUGAAUGUUUUUGCCUUUUUAAAGUGAGUCAUAUUUGAUGUGAUUAUACAUGUUGAAAUGGCACUGACGUCAUGUAUAAUACUGUAUGUAACCAAUAUACAUAAUGUAAAUGGGAGAUACUGUUGAAUAUUCAUCUCAUUGAGAGCAGCUGCACAUCUCUGACAAUUCCAACUGAACGUUUACGCAUCUCUGUUUUUAGGAGUGAGCAUAAAUGUUGCUGUGUGUAAGCACUAACUUAAAAUCAUAAAUGCACUGUGUGCAUUAGCAGGUGCAGGCAUAAAUACAGUUUUUCUUUUAAAUUUUUUGGGAGAAGUAGCAUCUGUCGUUCUCUGAGGCUCUGCCAAGCCUGUCAGUAGUAAGAGGCCAUCUUAUCUGUGCAUGUAUUGUUCUUUGAUUUUUGUCACUUAGCAGAGAAUGGGCAUGUGUGUGAAAAAAAGUUAUAAAUAUGAAUUCAGGGGAGGCCGAGUAACUUACCAAGAGUUUACAUUGCUGAGGAGGCCAAUAUUAAUGUGGGCCUUAUCUUCUACUUGUUUAUUUUGUACAGCUUAACAGCAUACAGUGCAGACACGCAUGCGUGAACACACAUGAAUGAAUGCAGCCUCCCACACACACACACACACACACACACACACACAAAUUCGGAAAUGCACACAUUAUUUUGUUAAAAGGGACCGUAGGGACUCUCUGUUGACACAAUACAUUCCCUGCCCCUUAUCCUAAACAUUACCCUAACACCUGAAUGCCAAACCCUAAACCGAACCACAACCUUAUUCUAACCCUGAACCUUAAAUCAAAUCUUGACCCUAAAAAAAUAAUUUUGUUCCCAAAUUCACAUUUGCAGGAAGUCUCCAUAAGAAGGUGUGUAGAUUUUGGUCCUCAUUAUGAAAUAGAAACGAAAACACACACACACACACACACACACACACACACACACACACACACACACACACACACACACACACACACACACACACACACACA